CCGAGAAGGCCCCAACAACGCAGCAGCCGCAUCAUGGAGAUGCAAUUCGCCGAAGCCGCCAGUGUCGUGGUGUUGUCUAUCGCCGCGGCGGUCGUAGGAACGACUGUUGUCAUGAGUUCUCGCAAAAAGCGGAAGCAUAAGAUCGAAGAUGUCGACGAGGACGAAGAGAAGGUCCAGCGACCAGCAAAGCGGCAAUUCAAGGGCUCGUUUGCCCGCGAAGACGCGCCAGAAGAGACGAUUGUCGACCUGCUCAAGCGCCGAGCGAUUGAAACUCCCGACAAAGUCGUGUACAUCUUCUUGGACGACCAAGGACACGAAAGUGUCGUGAUCACGUUCGAAGAAUUGGACCGCGCCGCGCGCAAAGUAGCAGCGACGCUGCAGACCGACGGGGGUGUGCCCUUUCCUCAAUCAAAAAUCUAACGUUGCUGAUCGAGAUCAUGUAUGCAGGAUUAUCCAAGGGCGACCGCGUCAUGCUGUGCUAUCCACCCGGCUUGGAUUUCGCCAUGGGGUUCUGGGGUUGUUUGUAUGCCGGUGCCAUCGGCAUCCCCACGUACCCUCCGUACCCCGGUACGUUGGCAAAGGAUUUACCGAAAUUCAACCGCAUGGUGGCGGACUCUGGCGCGCGUGUCAUCUUGACCAACCGAACGUAUCACUUGGCGACGCAACUCGCCACGGCCAAGAGCUAUUUCUCCAGUGACGCGCCUGCGUGGCCCAAGGACAUUCAAUGGUACUCGACUGACGCGAUUUCGAGCUCCACUGCGUCUCGAUUCACGGACGUGAACGUUGCCGUGGACGACAUUGCGUUCUUCCAGUACUCGUCCGGGUCGACGUCGGAGCCCAAGGCGGUGAUGAUCUCCCACGGCAACAUCCAUGCGCAACUUAAGACGUGGGCCUCCAUCGAAGAGACCGACACGUUGAUCUCGUGGCUGCCGUCGUACCACGACAUGGGCCUUGUCGGGUUUAUCCUUACACCGUGUGCGUUUGGAGCGCGGUGUGUGUCGAUGUCGCCGUUGGCGUUCAUCAAAGACCCAGCCAUGUGGAUCCGCAUUGCGUCCAAGUACAAGGGCACACAUUUGUGCGCACCCAACUUUGGGUACGCGCUCGCGGCUCGCAAAACCACCAAGGCGCAAGUGUCCAAGUUGGACUUGAGUCAUUUGAAGCAAGCGAUUUGCGCCGCCGAGCCCAUCCGCGUCGAGUCGCUCGAGUCGUUCACGGAAACGUUUGCCCCCGCUGGGUUUGACCCUAAAACGUUCAACUGCGGCUACGGCCUGGCCGAAGUCACGUUGGUCGUCACUGGACAAGACCCCCAGGCCCGAAAAGAACCAUCGGUGCUGAACGUGAAAAAAAGCGUGCUGGAGAAACACAAGCGCGUGGUGCUGGCCCCCAAGGGGCAUCCGUCGGCGGACGCGACGACGUUGGUCGGCUGUGGUCAUGCCAUGCCGACGUUUAAAGUGAUCGUGGUGGACCCAGAUACAUUGAAACCCGUGGGUGAAAACCAAGUUGGUGAAGUGUGGAUCCAAGGCCCGAGUGUCGCGACGGGGUACUGGAAGCGCGAAGAAUACACGGACGAAAUGUUCCACGCCAAAGUCAACGCCCCAAAGGCGACCCAUCAAAGCUACAAAGGCAACUGGUUGCGGUCGGGGGACAUGGGGUUCCUGCGCCACAACGAAGUGUUUAUCACGGGACGACUCAAGGACUUGAUUAUCAUUCGAGGCCGCAAUGUUUGCCCCCAAGAUGUCGAGCAUUCGGUCGAAUUGGCGCACGACCAAGUCCGCCCUGGAUGUGUGGCGGCGUUUUCGAUUGAAACGGCGCAGCAAGAAGAAGCGCUGGUCGUGGUCGUGGAACUUCGUGCAGAACUCAAAAAAGACACGGAGCAACUUGCGGCCAUCUCACGCAAAAUCGCCACGGCCGUCUUGUCGGAGCACCAGUUGCGGUGUGCGGCGAUUGUGCUGCUCAAGCCCCGCAGCAUUCCCAAGACCACCAGCGGAAAGAUCCAGCGCAGUGCUGCCAAGAAGCAGUACGAGUCGGGGUCGCUGGCUGCACAGUACAUCCAUCGCGCCGAGUCCAAGGCGGCGGCGGUGCAGGCCGUGCAGAUCGAAGAAGCCCCCGAGGAGGUUGACGUCAAGACCCCUCAGGUCAUCAAGACCACCGACAUCCGAACAGAAGAAGAAAUCCAAGCGUGGUUGGUGGCCCGACUAGCCCAAGAGCAAGCGGGUGGUGGUGGCGAGGCGUCGAACAAAGAGACAUCCGAGACGGACGACGAUGCAGUCGACUUGAACACCCCGUGGGCGUGUUUUGGAAUGGAUUCCGUGGCGAUUGUCAGUUUGAGCGCCGAAUUAGGCGAGUUCCUCGGCGUGGUGGUCCCCCCGGCAGUAUUUUUCCAGUUCGACACCCCCGCCAAGCUGAUUGCUGCCCCUGGUUUGGCCACGGGCGAGUUGACCGACGCUCAAACUGGUGACCACACCAACCAACCUGUGUCGUACGUUGGAGAAGACGGCGAAUUGCUUGCCGAGUGCUACGACGUGAUGGCGUUCCCGGAGAUUGUGCACCUGCAAGGCCAAAUGCAUGAACUCACGUCCGCGGGCCUCAAGGUGCCGUAUUUGGAUGUCCUCACCACGGAAAAACGCAAACAAUUGAACUACAACACGUACAACUACUUGGGCUACGCGUCGCACCCUACCGUCGCUGCUGCGUCCAAAGCGGCCAUCGACACGUAUGGCACGGGCAUGAGUUCGUCUCCGAUUGUGGGCCAGACGAUCGUCAACACGGAGGUGGAAGCGGCGCUGUGCAGCCACUUCACCGCCGAAGCCGCCGUGCUCUUCGUGGGCGGGUGGGUAGCCAACGUCACGACCAUCGACUCGCUCGUGGGCAAGGGCGACUUGAUCCUCUGCGACGUGCUCAACCACAACAGCUGCGUGACCGGCCAACGGCUCAGCGGGGCGGCCAUCUUGUCGUUCCCGCACAACGAUGUGGCGACGGCCGACCGCAUCCUCCGGUCCGUCCGCCACAAGUACCGCCGUGUGCUCAUCGUGAUCGAGGGCGUAUACUCGAUGGACGGCGACAUCCCCGACCUGCCGGCGUUCGUCGCGCUCAAGAAGGCGCACAAAUGCUUUUUAUUCCUGGACGAAGCGCACUCGUUCGGGACGAUGGGACCGACCGGCAAGGGCAUGUGCGAGCACUUCAACGUCCCCGCCUCCGACGUGGACAUCCGCAUGGGCACCAUGAGCAAGGCCAUGGGGUCCGUCGGAGGCUUCAUCCUGGCGUCGCACGCGCUCGUGCAGUACCUCAAGUACUGCGCGGGGGGGUUCGUGUACUCGGUGGGGCUCGGUCCGGCCAACGCCGGCGCCACCCUCCAGUCGCUGCAACUCAUGGCGGCCGAGCCCGAGAGGUCGACGCACUUGCAGCACCUGAGCGCGUUCUUCUUUGACGCGUGCGUCAGCGCAAAGUUGGACGUCGGCACCAACGUCCGCGGUACGUGCGUCGUGGUCGUAUAUGUGGGUUCGACCGUCGAGACGGUGCUCGCGUCCAUGAUGCUCAGCGACAACCACGGUAUCAACGUCAAGCCCAUCGUACAUCCUGCCGUGGAAGAAGGCAAGUGCCGCCUCCGUUUCUUCAUCUCGUACUUGAAGACCGAAGCCGAACUCCAGCGGACCGUCGACGCGUUGGCAAGUACAUUGGUCGAGGUGAAGGCAGCCGCUCGCGAGGCUACUGCAGCGGCGGAUGCAGCCGCGGUCGUGGAAGUCAUUCCCGACGAAGAUGAACCUCAACAAGCAAAGGACGACGUGAUCGCAGCUGCUGUUGUCGAAGCCGUGUCGACCUUGUAAAUAUAUUCAAUUGUGAAGAAGUGAUUCUGAAAAGUAGAGCCGUCGAAUCGUAGUAUACUACUGUUUAUUGCCGAAAGCGUUAGAUGUACUAUUAAUACUAUUAAUAGUACAGUGGACUGAUUUGUGGAGUGA